AAAAACACCAAAAAUGAGAAGCCUAUACAAGUAGAAGACAAUAACUCAGGUUCACUAGAAUAUAUCAACAAAAGCAACCCUAGUUGGAAUAAACAAGUAGCUCAAAAAACUAAGAAAUUUAAGGAAAUAACAAAUACACAGAAAGAAGAACUUAAAGAAAAUAGAACAUAUAUAACAAAAAAGAAAAUCUUAUCAGUAAAAAGAAAUGACAAUAUAGAAACACUUUUAGAACAAAACAACAAUACUUCUACAUAUAACGAAGAGGUUAUUGAAGUUAAUACAUGUAAUGAAGAAAUCUUUGAAACUAGUACAUGUAAUGAAGAUAAUAUCCAAACAACAACACAUAACAAAGAGGUCUCUAAGGCUAGUACAGAUAACAAAACAACAUGGAAACAACAACUCAAAAUGAACCAAUAA